CGCAUGUGACCUCAACCAAAUAGUGCAACUUUCCUUAUUAAAUAGCUGUUUCAUUUUUAGAAAUUGAGAACUAAAGAGAAAUGCAGUCACUGCUUGUGUGACCUUAUAUAGCACAUAUCCUUCUUUGUUUGUGUAUCCUUUAACUACAGUAUAAAACAGAAUAUGCCACAAUGUCUGGAGAAGCUGAGGAGAAUUGUUACAGUGGAGCCGGCAAUUUUCUUUUACAUGACCAGCACCUUCAUCAUGCAGCCAGCUAAUCAACACCUGGUCAUGGAAAAGGUUUGCCGAGAAAUAUACAAAGACACAUCCAUAUGCAGUGACUCUGGGCACAUAGAGAAUGAGGAAGUCGAGUCACGGUCCUCCUACAUCCUGCUGCUCUACACAGCUAUGACCAGUUUGGUAUCUAUCCCCCCAGCCAUAAUGUUGGGCUCCUGGUCCGACCAUGCUGGCCGCAGGUCAGUUUUGGUGCUGCCUUUUAUACUCUCACUGCUGAGUGGUGGAGUGCUGUUGGCUAUGGUACUGGUGCAGAGCCUGAGUGUCUACUGGUGCCUGCUGGCAGCCACCUUCAUUGGCCUAACAGGUGGCCAUGUUUCCAUCUUCCUCAGUUCUUUCAGCUUCCUUGCUGACAUUACGGUGGAAUCCAGCUCUAGCCGCACUCUGCGCAUGGCCAUAGCCGAGUCUAUGAUCUUUGUAGGGGGCAUGGUGGGCUUUCUCCUGGGUGGCUACCUGGAACAGGAGCUUGGCUUGGUGGCAGCUUUUGGAGCCUAUAUUGCCUGCAAUGUUUUAGCCAUAUUCUAUAUCGUGCUGUGGCUACGAGACCCUAGGCCAACGAACAGCACUUUAAGCUUCCUUUCUACUGAAAAUGGAGGAAAGGAGUCUGGAGCGUUUAUUCUGAAGUAUGCCAGGCUGUCCUUUAGGGCAGUGUUCAAGAGAAGACCAGGCCAGGAUAGACUGAAACUACACCUCCUCAUCCUGUGCACCUUUAUAAUCAACCUGAUAGCUAUUGGGGAUAAUUCUGUCUUACUGCUCUAUUUGAUGUAUGAGCCCAGAGAGUUCACAACUGCAAUGUUUGGAGUGUUUAACUCUGCCAGAAUGUUCUUGUUGGGAGUUGGUCUCUUGGGCCUGUUCCCUUUGCUGAUGCGUUGCCUUAAGGAGAUGACAUUGGCAAAACUCAGCGUUGUGUUUAAAGCUGCCUCUUAUGUCCUGCUGGCUUUUUCCACCAACACAUGGAUGGUCUGCUUGGUGGCUGUAGUAGGCAUGCCAGGUGGGAUCACACAAGCAGUGAUUCGAUCAUUGUCCUCUGCCAUUGUGGAACCUGAUGAACAAGGUGCCAUGUUUUCCUUCUCAGCUUCAGUGGAGGCCACUUGCAUCGUCAUUUCUGCCACCAUAUUCAAUGGCCUGUACCCUCUGACCCUGCCUACAUUCCCCGGCAUGCCCUUCAUCAUCAUGGCUACUUUUUCCAUCAUUGUCUUCAUCCUUGUGCAGUGGAUAAGUGAAAUGCCAACCACUCAGCCUCGCCUGAUGCUGCAAGACUGAGAAUCUCUCUGUUUUAUGUUGCACUGAAGACCCAUUGAAGCCACAACAAAUUUUGCUCCCACAGGGCCUUUAAUUGACCAAAAACAUGGCUAAUUUUGUGCCACUCUGGUGCAAUAGUACAGCAUGUACUGUAUAUGUACAAUAGUAGCCCAUCUAUUUUCAUUAACACCUCAGAUGCUUCUAAUAAAACUAAAACCAUAAAAGAAAUUUCCCACACAGUCAUGUACAAUUACCAUAUACUGAAUGCUUCUAAAGAACAGGCACAUAAAAUAAUUGACCAUUCUUCCCUGGUUGAAAUGUUACUAAUGUAGAGAACUCAGUAGAAGUCCUUUGGAGCAGUGUGAUUUGAUUGAGUGUAUAAAGAGUGUAAGCCAUAAUAAUGACCAUAAUGAAAUAAGAAUACUGAAAGGUCAAUGGCAUAUCGAGGAGAGGUAAUUGAGAAUUGCAGCUUUAAACUGUUCUCACUGAUAAGCCAUUCCACAGCUAGAGCAAAGGGACCAUCUUCAAUAUUUUCUUUCACCUCUAGAGUGGAGGCCUGAAAUUGGUAUCCAAUUAGGGAGAUUCUAUUUAAUCAUGGGCCAAGCUAUGUUGAAAUCAUUGCCCCAUUAAUUGGGCUGCAGGCAUGUUCUGUUUGUGUGCCCGAAUGGCACCAGAACAGACUGGCAUUGUGAUAUAUACUGGCAUAUAAAAAAAACAAGUGCUCAGUAUUUAAACUACAUUGAGGCAGAUGUUGGAGAUAAAACCUCCUUGAAUGAAGUAAUUAACAUUGGUAGACCUUAUUUUCAGUAGCUUGUGUGGUGUUGGUGCUAGGACAAUCAGGCCAGGCAAUGAGCACAUUAUAAACCACAUCACAGUAGAUGAUUGACGCAAUAAAGAAGUAUCUAGUAAGUGGAGUACACAUAAGAAGCCAACAUGUAAUAUUGUUCCUUUAGUUAUUAGUGAGAUGAUGAACUGAGAUGUAGUUAAGAGCAAUUGAUGUAGGCGAUGGCUUUACUUGAGGUGCUAAGGCUCUGAAUUUCUGAAUUUGUAAAUGAGAGAGAGAUUCAUUUAUAGCUCUAAAUUACCCUGCAAUAUGUGAAGCCCUCAGGAAGAACUGGUGUUUUACUGCUUGAAUUGUCAACGAAAUUGUCUGAGACAUACAGAUUGGAGUGUACUUUAUUGUUGACAUAGCCAACUGCUAAUUUAGUUUGAUGCUGCUAUUCCAUUACUGUGCUCGAGGAAGAGCAAGUGAAGAUGACAGUUACCCACAGGGUCAAAUACUCACCAGACUCAGAAGGCAGACGAUGACAACCACUGCAGCAACUAUUGAAACCCAUAGUCAGAGUGAUGUGUAAAAAUUCGUAAGUCUUUUGCGGAAUCACUGAGACUAAGAAAGUUAUGGUGAGCCAUGAUGGGAAGAGGUUGCAGAAUGGUACCUCAGAGUUAGAAAUUAGAGGGCAGUGCAGCCAACCUUGGUAUGAGGAAAGUAAGCUUGGACAGGAAUUCAAUAGAGGAAGAAGAAAAGACGAUAGAAAGGAUGAAAGUGAAAGGAAGGGUUGGGAUGUAAGGGAAGGGGGUUGGAAGGAAGGUAGGACUGAAAAGGGGUUGUUUAUAUGAAAGACGAAAAGGUUUUUAGGAGACUAUGUUGGGCACAGAGGUCCCAGAGGGACUGCAGUAUGUAAGGGAGUGUGACAAGGGACAGAGGGAAAAUAUAGGGGUGGUCAGGAUGGUAGACAAGAUAAUAAGUUAGUGUGAGAACACUGACCAGGGUGGACAGGGAUUUGGGCAGCCAACUGGCACCAGACUGAAUGGGGGCAUGUCAGAGUGAGAAUUUGUCUGAGAACAUUAAGAAUAGACAGGAUGCAGCUUGCAUAAAGAGGCAAAGUAAUUUGCAAAGUUAUAUUUGUUGCACAUCAUUGGCAAUUUGUGGCUGUCAUGUAAGGUGGAGGUGGUUAAAGGACAUAUAACUAAAGGGGCAGAGGAAGCAGAUGCGGGAAGAUGGUGGGUGGACAAUAUAGCACAAUAUAGUUCAUUAAAAAAUAUAAUAUAUUUUGAGAGAGUUUAUUAUCAAAGCAUUUAAAUAAUAUGUAGUGUCUUGAGGUUACUUCUUGAGGCAACAACAGUGUCUUAAUUCCCAGUGAGUAAGGAUCACAUUGGCAAGAAAGGAUUCCUUUUUCUGGAUGUGGAAGUAGAAAGCCAUCAAGAUACCAAUGUAUUAGACAUAGUGAGGAUCAUUAUACCACACGUGAGGAGACAAGUUGUUCAUAGUUCAACGAUCACCAGUCAAUCAAAGAAAACAGAGCAGCACUGACAGAGUAGAAUACAGAUGGGGCAGGAGAGUGUGAGCCUCAGGAUUAAAAGAGGACUGACAGGGAAGGGGUUAGAGUGAAUAAUGAUAAGAGAUUGGAUGAAGAGAGCUUGAGAUGAAAGAGGAAGAGGAAGGCUGGGAUGAAAAAAUGGAGGGAUGAGGAUGUUUAAGAAAAGGGAGAGGUUGGGGAACAAAAAAAAUGAUCUUUGAGUACAAGCAUAGGGGAUUCCCAUGUUCUUUGAAACCUGGUGCAUCUUGGAGGAAUGCAUAGGUAUAUGGACUUGGAGGAAGAAGCACACAAAACACCAGAGCUGCAGAGGUUUUAGGAUGCAGUUGCCGUGUCCGUGAAGGUUAGGACUUUCAGAAGGAGCAAGGCUAGUACAAGUAGUUGCAGAUUCUGAUGAGCCCAGACUAGAUGGAGUAGCUGGGAAUAUCAACACCGACAUCAACAAGGGUAGUGGGCAAGAGGAAUCAACACAUGGAGAAUAGUGGCAGCUGGGGAAGGGCUUGUCAACUAAUGCGUUGGUGUCACUUUCCAUAAUGAGAUGGCAAAAUGCACUUUAUCACAAGUUUUAGCCUAUGACUAUAUGUAGUUAGUACAUAAACUUUGUCACAUGGAACAAAAGAAAAGUUUCUCCCAAACAUCAAUUAUUUUGUAAAUACAUUUAGUAUUACAAGAGACUGCUCCCCUGCCCUUGGUGCCUAGGGGCAGAAGAUGCUGACAUCUCCCAUAAUGAGAAAUAUAAGCAGCUACUAAUGGCCCUGCAUACAAACCCUCCAAACAAUAUCUGUUUGUUAGCAUAGAAAAAUCGUUAUUUUUCAAUAGACUCUCCUUAUUACCACCAUGAUCAAUAUACACCAGCAUGGAAGAAUGAAUAUUGGGCUCUUUGCUCUGCUGCAUGUGGCUUUAUUGUAUCAAAACUGACUAAUAAA